AUGCAGUUUGUAGCAACACUCAAGGGUCUCACAACUGCACCUGCUAACCUGGAUAUUCUGGAGAUUGAAAGAAAUGCACCGGUAUUCCUAUAAUAUUCACUGACCAUCUCUGAUUAUCAUUUAUUGUCUCCGUCAUUAGGUGCGGUUAUGCACCAUGGUAAAGGGUAUUUCCCACAGUAAAAAAAAAAAGCCGUGGUUAGUUUAGCGUGGGUUUAGUUUGCAUCAGGGUUACACCUGACUUAACUACCAAAGUAAAUUAGCUGCUCUUACGGUUUUAUGGUUUGCUGUUUUGGAAUUUGACUUUUCCCUCCCCUCUUAAUUUACCCAAUUGUGUUAUUAGUAAACGUAAGAUAGCAUGUGCUGUUCUGGAAGCUAUUCAAAAUAACCGAUAUUUGUAAUGGUAUUUGUAAAUCAUGCUGGCUACUCAAAUUAUUGCAGCUACACUAGUUCUGGUAUACAUAAUGGCAGCAUUUACUUUGCAAAACUAAGAUGCAGUCCAAACGGUCCUAAGCCGUUCUUAUUUUCUUUCUUUCUUUUCUUUUUGUUGUUUCGUUUUGUUUUCUUUUUCUGUAGGACCAGGUUGGACGCGCGAAAACCCUGCUAAAUCCUGUAAGGACAUCCGGGACUUAGGGUUCUCCAAAGGAGAUGGCGAGUACUGGAUUGAUCCUGGAAAGACUGGAAACCCAUUAAAAGUGUUUUGUGACAUGACAACUUACGGAGGUAACGUUUAAACAAUUGACAGAUCUGUCAAAGUAAACCUAAAAUUUCAAUUAAAAUGUAAGAAUAAAAAUCGUUGUGGCCUUUGUCUGGCGCUAGUAAACAGUCACUUUUGAUAUUUCUAAACUGAGUAGUUGCUAUUCCAACUAACAUUUCCUCGUUGUCACAAAUAAAUUUUAAAAAAAUCAGUCAAAUAAACAUACGGACAUGAUGCAAUCUGGCUUUAACAAUAAUUGUCGAUGAGGUUUCACUUUCAGAGUGAUGCAGAAAACUAAACUAGUUAGUGAAUCAAGCAAAUUUUCAAUCCUUUUUUAGUUUUGCUUUUAUCUCCAACACAAACCUACAAUCUUGGACAGAAUAAAAUGGAACAGCAAACCCCCAUCCCCCCCAAAUCAAGGAUGAAGCCGCUCGAAGGGCAAAAAUGCGCCAUUUUCUCAUCCUUGAUUUAUUGGGGGAGGUGGGGGGGGUCUAGGUUUUCCAUUUAUUUUGUCUAAGAUUGUAGUCUUCCUCGCAGCCGCUUAAUUGGGCCUGGGUCCGUGGGGUCGGCCUGGCAGUAUUGGGUGACUCCGGCCCAAGUGGCUACGAAGAAGAAAAACACAAACCGGAUCUUCAACAAACCAAGGACACUGGUUUUCAAAGACCUGUUACAGAUAUUUCAUCGGAAGAGCACACAUCAACCGUCGUUUACAGUACAUUAAUAUGCGGUCAAUGUACACCGUUUUUGAGUGGGCACCAACUGGGGCCUACAAUAUUUUUGCUUACAUUUUCUUUACUUCCUAGGCAAAUUUCUCGAAUACUUCAAUAUUACAGUUUGUAAGGGGAUGUAAAUACGUUAUUUUACUCGAGAACUUACUAAAUUCCCUGGAAUUUUUUUUAAAUUGAUAUAAACCUAUAAGCUUCGCGUUCCGUGCUGUUACUAUCGGUAUUGCUGGCUUGUUGGCUGACAUGACAAAUCGGAACCUUGUGUGAUUUCAGGUGGUUGGCUUCUCGUCUCACGACUUGUGUUGAGCAGCUCAACUCACCCGUCUAGUCUGCCAGUGAAGAAUUCAUACCGUGGAAUAAGCAGCAAACAAGUUUUUCUCACAACAACGGCCAUGAAAGAGCUGAGAAAAGUCCUGCCUUUCACUCAGAUAAGAUUCCUUUGCAAGAAAAAGAGACCUGGACCAUAGUUAUUAGAGGAGACUGGUUAUGAAAAGCGGCAAACAUCAAUGAUAAAAACAACAGUGCUGCAGUUUAUGUUCAAAGCACCGUGAAAGUGCACAAUCCUUUGUUUUCUGUUGGCAAAUUGUUACGGAAUAAAUUAAUGCAACGUUUUUAUUGGUCAAUACAAUCAAAAUGAUAGGAAUUCUUUUGAAAGUUGUGCACUUUCAGGUCCACAAAAACAUAUAACAAAGGCGUCUGACGGGUUUCAUAACCAUUCCACUCAAUUAACUAUGCCUGGACGAACAUUCCACAUCACUACGGCCGCUAAUUCCAAAGGCGAAGCUGUGGUUGUACUGUCGCAAUUUGUAAUAAUCAUCGCACUUUGUAAUACCUGUCGCAAUUUGUAAUAAAUCCAUCGCACUUUGUAAUACCUAUCGCAAUUUGUAAUAAACCGUGUCGCACUUUGUAAUAAAAAAGGUGUCUCAAUUUGUAAUAACAGUCCAUCGCACUUUGUAAUAAACUAAGCUGUCGCAAUUUGUAAUAAUUCCAUCGCACUUUGUAAUAAUUUUUUAAGAGUGAUUCAACUUACUUCGUCAACAUUAGUAUAAUGCCAAAAUAUGCAUGGUACUUCAUAAACAAAGAUGAUGACGUCCGCUAGCAUGUAACAUGUCCGUAACAUUUUCUUUGGUCAAACAUGCAUGUCUUCCGCUAUAAAUUUUUCUUCCUUGAUUAAUCACGUGACUAACUAGAAACGCUUUUAUGAAAGACAUGAAACUUCCUGUGACAUAUCAUCAAAAAGAUAUGAAUCACGUUUAAAUUAAAAAAUAUUUAAAUAAGAAAGGCAACAUUUAAUAACAGAAAAUUCAUGAAUAACCUGGCACUCGUCGUCCAAAUCCAUGUUUGCUUGCCACGUGACACGUGAAGUCUUCGGCGGGGGAGGAGGGGGGGGAUAAUCCCAUAUAUGGAUGGGCUAGAUAGGUAAGUACCGCCUGAUAGGGUAUGGCUUUUGAGGAUCUCGAGCCUUUAAUAGGGUAUCAUUUUUUACGUUGUUGGCCUUGUGUCUUUGGUUUGAUCCUUAGAUAGGGUAACUCAAGUAGUAAUGGAUGGUUUAUUCGAUCCUUUCCAUUUUGUAGAAAAACAGUAAUCCAGAACACGUUCGGAAGAAUUGCAAGGUCUUACGAGUUGUAUAUACACAGCGAAGGAUAAUUUUUUACCAUCCCCAUGGUACUUGCUUUAGAGGACUCCUUACAGAAAACAAUUGUUUUAAGAUGGAACGAGUACUCCUUUUGUUCCUAUAUGGGACCAAAUCAAGUGAGAAUAAUGGACCAAAUGCCCAGCCGGCUCAGUGUAAGACCCCAAGUGAGUGUUAUAAAAACAGGUACAUACGAAGGUAUUGGCCAGCGACUAAUUGGAUUUUGUGUUUAGGUUUCUGUUGUGGUUCGAAGGUUUGCCACUGGUGACUUUUUUUGUUAUUUGCAGUAAACAUUUUGAAUCUUUCCAGGCCUCGUUUGAUUAAGUUGGCCAAAAUAUGGAAGCCACUAUUACUUCUUUAAGAUUGCUCGUUAGACAAGAACGGUGUACCACGUGUUGUGUCAACCUGUUAUAAGAUCUAACAAGAAAAGCUUGAACUCUCCUGGUGUCCUUAUUCGAAUGAUGUAGGAUGGAUGUUACGAUUAGCGCAAAUUAAAUGCUUUUUAAUAAUGGCUUGUUUGUGUCUAGUGUGUCUAGCUCUGUCUAGAUCCUCUACUCUGGCAAUGCUCUGUCCAGAGGCACAUCCCCGUAUUGGCCGUAUAAGGAAGUACACCCGCCGGGUAACCAUUGAAUGCAAGCCUUCUAGUACAAUAGCAAGGUUCAAGAAUACAGCAUUUCGUAAGUCAGAUAACUAAUCAACAUUAAUCUAAAAAUGUUUAGGACUGUGAAUAAAGUUAAAUGUUUGAAUGAGCGGAGAUGUUACGUGCUAGCAGACGUCAUCUCCAUCUUUGUUUAUGAAGUACCAUGCAUAUUUUGGCGUUAUAUUAAUGUUGACGAAGUAAGUUUAAUUACUCUCAAAAAGUUAUUACAAAGUCCGAUGGAAUUAUUACAAAUUGCGACAGCUUAGUUUAUUACAAAGUGCGAUGGACAGUUGUUACAAAUUGCGACAGCUUUUUUAUUACAAAGUGCGACAGGGUUUAUUACAAAUUGCGACAGGUAUUACAAAGUGCGAUGGAUUUAUUACAAAUCGCGACAGGUAUUACAAAGUGCGAUGAUUAUUACAAAUUGCGACAGUACAGUGGUCCAGUACUUUAGCGGUGCUACGGAUGCUUUCCCUGCUUCGUGUGGCUCUCAGUUUUGUCACAAUGAACAAUGACAACUCGCGAUUGGCAAGACUUUGCCAUAAGUGGGGAUAGGAAAAAGGCUCUUAUUAUGUUUCUAAAUGGGGUCAUGACGGAAUGGAUAGAGAAAGUCGAUUGUACAAUCUCGUUGCCUUUGUAAGAGCCUCUUAUCAUUGGAUGAACGUAGGAGGCAGCUGUGAAUGCGAUGAUCAUAGUAGAAGUGUGUCGCCUGGUGAUUUUUGGAAAGUCUAUGUUCGAUAGCGAGUUAUUUGCUGUUCCAGCGAAGCGAUAAUAAAAGUCCUG